AUGGAAAGAAUUCCUUAUAAAAGCCACUUUGCAUUAUUUCAAGAUGAUGAUUCUGGUGAUGAAAUAUUAUCAUAUGAUCAUUUACCACAAUCUAAAGAUAUUAAUAAAAUGAAUAUUGAAGGUGAUGAACAACCUGGUAAUCAUCUACAAAGGACAAAGAUUAUUUUUGAUAAUAUUUGUUUAGUUUUCUUCGAUUUAGAAACAAGUGGUUUUCAAGCAGAUUGUGAUAUUCUCCAAGUUGCCAUGAAGUGUGGUGAUUUUACAUUUGCUAAAUAUUUGUCUCCAGGAUCAGCAAAAAUACAUCCAAAGGCAACAGAGGCAAAUGGCUUACGCAAAGAAGGAACAGAUUUAUACUGGAAUGAGAAAAAAGUACCAACUGAACAAUCACAAGUUGUUGUUCAUAAAAUGUACAGUUUUUUAAAAUCAUUAGAUCAUCCUUGUGUGUUGAUAGCACACAAUUGUUCUUUUGAUGCACCAAGGCUCACGCGAUUAAUCAUGAAAGAGUCCAGAGUGCAUGAAAUAAGCACUGUUAUCAUUGGCUUUGUUGAUACUCUUCCUCUUUUCAAGAAUAAAUUUCCUGAAAGAAAAGGACCUGGUGCAUGUAGUUUAACAACACUGCCAUCUGAAACAAUGUCAUUAGCUACUGAAGGUGCUCAUAAUGCAUUUUAUGAUGUAAUAAUGUUGGAAAAACUAUCAUUGUACCACUUUCAACUUCAAAAACUAGUAGAAUUUACACCAUAUUCAUCAGUGGUUGAAAGUGUCAAUAAAGCUAAUGAUACAAAAAAAUGCAUCAACACUUUGGACCCUUUAAAAAUUAUUUUAUCAGAUAUGAUGAUCAAACGUAUUGCUAACCAAGAUAUAACAUUUGAUUUAAUUAUUGACACUAGGGUUACCAUGCGUCCUGAUUUAGCAGGACAUGUCCUGAUUUUGUUUGGCUUGUCCUGA